UGAUGUUUCUCUAUCCUUCUUGAAAUUAUUGUAUUUGUUUUGAAACGAUAAAAUCAAUAGACAGAGAAUAUUGGUAUGAUUUUAAUUUUGGUCUCUGAAGGUAAACAAGUAUGUACACUGGGACAAUUUAAAGUUUAAAUCUUAUCUAGAUGGCGUAUACAAACUGUCGCCGCGCAUUGAAAUCACAGGACUAAACCUGUAGACGGAAGGUCGAAAUAUCGGGGAGGCCAUAUUGGAUUUACGGGUGUGACAAACAUUGCAGUGCCGUAAAAUUGUUAAAAAUGAAUAAGAUAAUUGUUUAAAUGAUCAAAAUAUAAUUAAUGUGAAAGAUCUGCUUUCACUGAUCAUAAUGUAUGCAGUUUAGAUGAAGGAGGGGCUGUAUCUUUGUGAACUUGUGUGACUCAGAUACCAGAAAUGCUGCACCCCCGGCGCAGUGCCCAGACCGUCCUACUGUGUGACCUCUGUGAAACUGUCGACCUACAGAGUCACUGUGAACUUUGUAAUGUACACUUAUGUAAGGCCUGUGUUGAGGAACACCUUUCUGAUUUAUCUAAAAAACACAAUGUCGUGUCCUUUUUACACAGAAAGUCUACUCCUACCUACCCAAAAUGUCCGACACACGCGGAUAAACAGAGCGAACUUUACUGCGAGGAAUGUGACGUUCCUGUCUGUUCUACCUGUGUCUUAAAAAAACAUAGAGGGCACAAUUUAUGUGAUGUUCUGGAAAAAUUCAGCUCUAAAAAGGAAAGUUUACAAAAAGAUUUAGAGGAACUAGAGAGCAGAAUUUGUCCCCGAUAUGAAGAAAUGGCCUCCGAUGUCCAAACUGAGAAAUCCGAGUUAGAAACGAAAUACGGGAAACUGACAACAGCUGCCGAUCAACAAGGAGAAGCCUUACACCGGGAGGUCACUGCCAUUGUCAACCAGCGGAAAUCUGACAUCCAGGAGAUGAAAAAUAAACAUAUGGCCGCUCUAGAUAAAAACACAGAUGAAAUUACACAGAGAAUUACAGAACUUAGAAAGAUCAUUGAGGACCUGAAGAAAAUACUGAACACCAAGGACGUCUCUCUAACGUCUACUUACAAAUCUAGGAAUGGCGAGUUCCGACAAUUACCUCCUAAAGUCCGAGUCACAUUACCGAGUUUAUCUCCUCAGAAAAUAAACAAAGAUCAGCUCAAUAAAAUGGUUGGUUCUGUGUCAUCAUUGUCCAUUACAAAAGAACAAGGCGACACAAUGAAGUCAGCAGAAGCUGUAUCGUCUCCUCCAGUCAAACCACUGCUUGAUGAGCCGCGCGUCACCGCCACCAUAGACACUGGGUAUAACAGACUACUCAGUGUUAGCUGUCUGAGUGAAGAUCAAGUCUGGACACGCGGGGAUAACGAAACCAUGAAGCUGCUCAACCUCCAGAGUGAACUACUGACAUCAAUACAAACCAAGUCAGGGGGACAACCGCGGGACAUAGCAGUGACACGGGACGGAGAUCUUGUUUAUACUGACUCUAGAGAUAGAACUGUUAAUUUAAUUAAGAAUGAAAAGAUACAGACCGUGAUCACACUACAGGGGUGGAGACCUUGCUAUGUCUGCUGUACCGCGGCUAACGAUCUCCUGGUUACCAUGAUCAGUGAUGAUGGAGAACAAUCCAAAGUCGUGCGUUACUCCGGCUCCACAGAGACACAAAGCAUUCAGUUUGAUGAUCAGGGUCGUCCUCUCUACUCAUCUGGUGGUUUAUAUAAAUACCUCAGUGAGAACAAGAACCUGGAUAUCUGUGUGGCUGACUGUGACGCUAGUGCAGUAGUGGUGGUCAAUCAGUCAGGAAAACUCCGAUUUAGAUACACUGGUCAUUCCUCUAAUACCAAGCAAUCAUUUGAUCCAGUCGGCAUCACUACAGACAGCCAGAGUCACAUCCUGACAGCAGACUGUUACAAUCACCGUAUCCACAUCCUAGAUCAGGACGGACAGUUCCUCCGUUACAUUCACUGUGAUUUAGUCGGUCCAUUAGGUUUAUGUGUGGACAUCAGAGACAACCUCUUUGUGGCUGAGUGUUACACUGCUGAAGUGAAGAAAAUCCAAUAUCUAUAAUCACAGUGUUAAUUACACAGUUCUACAGUGUUAAUUACAUCUACCAACACAGUGUUAAUUACAUCUACCAACACAGUGUUAAUUACAGUCGUGUGUUAAUUACAGCCGUGUGUUAAUUACAGCUGCAUGUUAAUUACAGUUCAGUGUGUUAAUUACAGCAGUGUUUGUGAUGUGUAACUAACGUGUGUAUUGACACAGUAGAUUUGUGGUGGUUUAUUUGUGUCUGAUUGUACAUUUUAUUGGUUUUUUGAACUGAAUCUAUUUCUCAUCACAAUUACACAAUUGUAUACAGAGAUUUAGUACAUGUAUAUAAAUAUCACCAAAUGUUUUAAGGCAUGCGUGAGUAUGGAGAUAGGCAACAUGUGCAGUGUUAGAUUCCAGUAGUCAUUGGGGAACGGUUUAUCAAUUUUCUUAGAAAGGAUUGCUUGUUGGAAUUCAUUAUAUUUCUAAAUGUGAUGAUAUUUUUGAGACGUAUUUGUUGCUUUCCUCUAACUUAGAGUAAUUUGUUUUAUAUCAGGCGCUAUACAAAUUUUAUCUAUUAUAAUUAUUAACAUUCUUCUGUGUAUUAAUGAUGUAUUUUAUUGUUUUACUGUGUAUAUAAUAGAUAAACAUUAUUCUGUGUGUUAAUUAUGUAUUUUAUUGUUUAUCAUGUUUUAUUGUAUAUAUAAUAGAUAAACAUUAUUCUGUGUCUUAAUGAUGUUUUUUAUUGUUUUAUUGUAUAUAUAAUAGAUAAACAUCAUUCUGUGUGUUAAUGAUGUCUUUUAUUGUUUGAUCAUGUUUUAUUGUAUAUAUAAUAGAUGAACAUCAUUCUGUGUGUUAAUGAUGUCUUUUAUUGUUUGAUCAUGUUUUAUUGUAUAUAUAAUAGAUAAACAUUAUUCUGUGUGUUAAUGAUGUCUUUUAUUGUUUGAUCAUGUUUUAUUGUAUAUAUAAUAGAUGAACAUUAUUCUGUGUGUUAAUGAUGUCUUUUAUUGUUUGAUCAUGUUUUAUUGUAUAUAUAAUAGAUAAACAUUAUUCUGUGUGUUAAUGAUGUCUUUUAUUGUUUGAUCAUGUUUUAUUGUAUAUAUAAUAGAUGAACAUUAUUCUGUGUGUUAAUGAUGUCUUUUAUUGUUUGAUCAUGUUUUAUUGUAUAUAUAAUAGAUAAACAUUAAUCUGUGUGUUAAUGAUGUCUUUUAUUGUUUGAUCAUGUUUUAUUGUAUAUAUAAUAGAUAAACAUUAUUCUGUGUGUUAAUGAUGUCUUUUAUUGUUAUACCCCCCCCCCCCCCGCAACAAGUUGUGGGGGGGGUGGGGGUGGGGUGGUAUACUGGAAUCGGGUUGUCCGUCUGUCUGUCCGUCUGUAGACACAAUGGUUUCCGGGCUCUAAAGCGUUAUCCUUUCCACCUACCGAUACCAUAUCAUAUAUAUGGACUACCCAUGGGAUGAAGAUGUUCCCUAUCGAUUUUGGGGUCAAAAGGUCAAAGGUCAAGCGCACUGGACAUCGAAGUAGCAAUAUGGUUUCCGGGCUCUAAAGCGUUAUCCUUUCCACCUACAGUCACCAUAUCAUACAUAUGGACUACCCAUGGGAUGAAGAUGUUCCUUAUCGAUUUUGGGGUCAAAAGGUCAAAGGUCAUGCGCACUGGACAUCGAAAUAGCAAUAUGGUUCGGUUUGUCAUGCCAUUUGUUUUUUACACUGAGAAAAGAGGUAGUUUAUACCUAUUACCAACACCCUUUGGGAGAUUGGGGUAAGCGGGGGGUAUUCUUAGUGAGCAUUGCUCACAGUACCUCUUGUUUUAUCAUGUUUUAUUGUAUAUAUAAUAGAUAAACAUUAUUCUGUGUGUUAAUGAUGUCUUUUAUUGUUUGAUCAUGUUUUAUUGUAUAUAUAAUAGAUAAACAUUAUUCUGUGUGUUAAUGAUGUCUUUUAUUGUUUUAUCAUGUUUUAUUGUAUAUAUAAUAGAUAAACAUUAUUCUGUGUGUUAAUGAUGACUUAUUGUUUUAUCAUGUUUUAUUGUGUAUAUGAUAUAUAAACAUUAUUCUGUUUGUAAAUAUCUCUUAGUUUCAAAGUAUAUACUAGUACAUAGAUAAACAUCAUUUAGAG